GAGGGCCGGGGCGGCGGCGGCUCGGGUCGAGCGGGCGGGGGAAGGGCCGAGAGACGCGGGGUCGGUCAGAGGAGCUGCGGCUGGGGCUGUGCGUGUCGGCGGGCGGCCAGGAUGGAUCACCACCAGCCCGCCAGCCGCUACCGAGUGCUUCACAAUGAGGAUGAUCCCCCAGAGUCUUCAGCAGCUGAGCAGCCUUCCACGUCUACAGAGACGACGCAGAUUCCCCAGACAGCAGCCUUAUCUGAAGCAGAUACUUCCCCUCCACCUUACUGUAGCAUAGCUGUGGAAGCAGCUGCAACCUCAGAAACACACAAUGAAUUUUAUCCUGUACCACCUCCAUACAGUGUAGCUACCUCUCUUCCUACUUACGAUGAAGCAGAGAAGGCCAAAGCUGCAGCAAUGGCAGCUGCUGCAGCAGAAGUUGCCCAACGACACGCCCAGUUUAGGGAGUCUAGGAGUCUGUUUGAUGAAAUAUUCCUCAGUCGUCCAGAGGAAGAAGAGUAUCCACCACGGGAUGAUUUCAGUGAUGCAGAUCAGCUUAGAGUGGGCAAUGAUGGCAUCUUCAUGUUGGCAUUUUUCAUGGCAUUUAUUUUCAACUGGAUUGGAUUUUGUUUAUCCUUCUGUAUAACAAACACCAUAGCUGGAAGGUAUGGUGCAAUCUGUGGAUUCGGUCUCUCCCUGAUCAAAUGGAUUCUGAUUGUACGGUUUUCAGAGUAUUUUACUGGAUAUUUCAAUGGACAGUACUGGCUUUGGUGGAUAUUUCUUGUACUUGGACUCCUCCUGUUCUUUCGAGGCUUUGUUAAUUAUCUUAAAGUCAGAAAUAUGUCUGAAAGCAUGGCAGCUGCUCACAGAACAAGAUUUUUUUUCUUGUACUGAAGACUGCAUCGAACAGACAUUCCUUUCCUAUACCAGUGUGAAACUUCCAGAUGAUCUGUAACCCUCUGAGUUUAUAGGAUAGAAGACUACUAAAACCAGAAGACAAAUUAGUGAAGAUAAUGGCUUCAGAAACGAAUGACAGGAUGGUUUAUGCUCAAAUACCAGUUCUGGUCAUUCUAGUAAAUAUUUAUAAUUGCUGCCUUUUAUUUUAGCACAUUUGUGUAUGUGCUUAUUAAAAAGAUAGUAUUGAAGUAAGAACAAACCAUCUGAUAGUAUAGAUUAGGUACAGUCAGACUCAGUUAAUCUGUGCUUGUUGUAUCUGAAAGAUUUAAGUGGUAACUUGUUUCACAGCGUGUAUGUACCACUGACCUGUUGAUCUGAAAUUUAAGUAGAAUGAAAUGCAUUAAAAGAUUCAGAUUAACCAGUUCAGACAGGUUUUUUAUAUGUUAGAUUCAUCUAAUGAUUAUGUAGAACAUUUUUAAGUUUACUAAAGCCCAGAAUUCCUUGUUGUCAAAAACCUACAUUCACCAAUAUUUUAUGAAAUUCAAACCAGUAUACUGGUUUGCUUAAAAAUGAUACUCUACUUCGAGUCCCCUGUAAAUAACUGCAUAAUGACUGUUUGAAAUGCUUCUUAGGAAAUAUGUCAAAAUAUAUUUUGUAACAGCAUAUUCUCUAAGUUUUGUUUAACCUUAGAGCUAUAUACAUAUUUUUUGUUAAUUGGCUAUUAAGGGUAUAGUUACUAUUAGAUGUAAUUUUGGACAUAAAGGUAUUGAAUUGUUUCGUCUUAUCCUAACUUUCCUCACACUAUUAUUAACUGGUUUAGGCUUCAGCCUGAAAGUUGUUAUUCAUAUGCAUGGUCCCAUCAAAAGAUAGUUUGUUCAUGGUAGCAGGGAUGGACAGCCUUACAUCUUUAGUCCUCGGUUAUGCUGUUGGACCCUUGUAGGUGCACCUUUGUUCCUGAAACAAAAGUAUUGCAAAUGUAUUCCUGGGUUAUAACACUAGCUCUGUUUAAGAGGUCUUGAGUUCAGUAUAAAUCUAACAUCCACCAUGAGGUCUUCUCAAAAAAAAGUUCACAUAACUAUUUUACGAUGCUUGUUUAGAAUAAAUAGUUUGCCAUUUCCUAAGAGUAAACUAAUUUAAAUUAAAGGUGAUUUUGGAAAUUAUCUAUGUAGGAAAAAAAAUAAUCUUACUUUUAAGGCUCUGAAAAUAGGAAAUGUGUGUUGUACCUCUCCCGGUAUUCAUUUAAGGUAUACCAUUACUUUCUUACAAAUAUCAUCUCUUUAAGGGGUACUGUCUGCUGUUCAUGCAUGUGUGGUUUCCUUUAAAGUUUGUAAAACUUAUGCUUCUCCUUAAGUAGGAGAAUACAUCUCUUGGUCCUUUGUACAACUGGAAUCUCAGUUGCAAAAAUACAUUGGUUGUUGCUUGCACCUUCGAGGGAAAAAAAAACCCCACGAAUACUUCCUCCAUUUUUUUUUUUUUAGUUCUGCCUUUUUGUUACUAACAUUAAAAACAGUGAGGUUUAUGUUGUUUUAAGCUAAUGCUGUAUUCAGUUUUGUAUCUAUAAUGAAUGUUUAAAAUAUAUAUAUGUAAACUGGUCACAUUAUUCAUUUUCUUAAUCUUUCAGAGAUACUGAAAGUGACUAAAUCUUUAGGGGCACCUCCACUUCCCAGCUUUUUAUGGAAAGAAUAAAAUCAAGUAUUAUGUUCAAUAUCUAAUUGGGAUUUCCUUCUAAACUUAUGCUUGUUUCUGUGUUCAUUUGCAUUUGUUGUCCAUAUGAAGAAGCAGAUAAUAAAACAUUGCUUUGUUUUGCUAA